AUGCCCCCGCGUCGCGGCGCGCUGACGCUGCUCCGCAGCGCCGCGCGCGCCGUCGUCGCGCCCCCGCGUCGUUUCCACCUCGCGUCGUCGUCGUCGUCGCUCGCCGCGGGACGAGCGGGAAACGACGUCGUCGCGAACGCGACGGCCGCGUCGCCGCCGAUGCCGACGCCGAUGGACGACGUCCGCCGCGAGAAGCACGCGCGCGUGUCCAUCCCGCGCGCGCUCCCGCCGCUCUCCGCGCGCCCGUUCGCGGAGACGAUAUCGCCGUGCGCCCCGGGCGACGCCGCCGCGGUGCUCAGGCAGUCGAAGAAGCGUCGAGGGUACCCGAUCGCGUGCGCGGCGCGGUGCCGACACGGACGCUACCGCGCGUUCCUCCACGCCCCGAUGCACGUCCCGGCGGCGACGGCGGACGGAUCGAUAGACGGCGUCGGCGUCGGCGGCGACGGCGACGGCGACGCCGCGGCGACCAAAGCGCCGUCGCGAGCGGAGCUGAGCAAGAUGACGCGGCGGCAGCGCGCGCGCGCGUUGGCGGCGUCGCCGACGCGCGGCGCCGUCGCGGAACACGCGACGUCGUGGCUCUGUUGCCCUCUGCUCGCGAUGCACGUCGACGCGCUGGAAGCGCGCGGCGGGAUCGACGCGAUGGCGAAGGUGGUCGCGAACGUCCCAGCGCUGUCGCGCGCGUUGGAAUACGCGCACUCGGGCGCGGUAGCGACGCGGCGGUGGCUGCUGCCGCGCGCGUGGGAGAAGAGAAUUAAAAUGGAAAACCACGCGGGCGGCGCGUUCGAGCGUCACGCGCGCGUCUUGUUCGACACCGGCCUCGUCGGCGUGAGCGUGGACGCGGACCGCCGCGGAUGGUCGGGGAACAGAGUGAAGUGCCUGCACGCGCACGUCGGCGACGCGCUCGUGCGCGGGGAGAGCGAGAACGUCGUCGGCGCGUUGACGUUGGCGCGGCUGCGAGAGUCGGGGGUGGACGUCGACGGCGACGACGCGUGCUUCGAGACGUGCGAUCGCGGCGGCGAGCGGCGACCGCGCGGGCCCCUCCCCCGCGCGAAGACGACGACGACGACGGCGACGCGGGAGGCGGAGACGCGCGGAGACGGCCUCGUCGACGCGCGAUAG